UUUUCCUGAUUUCCUAUCAUUACAUCUGGGCAGUGUCAAAAAUGAACUAAUCAAAAUUUACGUACAAGCAAAUAAUCCAAAAAAUGCCUAAAGUAAAAACGCAAUCGAGAUCAGUGAAGUCUCCAUCUCCAGUUCGCUCCAAUCGCCCGGGUGGCGUCCAAAAAAGUGAGCCUUCGCCAUCGCCAUCGCCGUCAUGCAAGACCAGUCUGCUGGAUCUGCCGGAGGACAUCAUCCGGCUGGUUCUCGAGUUUCUGCCCAAGAUUACCGAUAAGGCUCUGCUGGCCUGUGUGGCGCCCAAGUUCCGAGAGACCUUCGAGGGCUGGGCGAGAGUGCAACGAAAUACCUUGGACAUGGUCAGCCUGGAGACGGUGCCUCUGCCGCAAUUGAUCAGGUUCUUCAAGGUGGCGGGACCCUUUAUCAGAGUCCUUCAAGUGGACUGUGCGUCCUACCAAAAGGAGUCCCUGCUGGUGGAGUUCGUCAAGGAAUACUGCCCCAAUCUGGAGGAGAUCAGUUACUCGAACGCCACCGAUGAGUUUCACUACCGAUCGAUUAUGUCCAAAAUGACGCACUUGAAACGGGUCACUAUUGAGUGUUUGGACGCAGAGGAUGUGCUCAACUUUGAUCUGCAGCCCAACCAGGAGCUGGAGUUUUUUGAGCUGGUUAAUGGUUGCUAUACAGGCCAAAAUCUCUGCGGGUUUCCCAAUCUCAAAACUUUGGUCCUUCGAGACUGUCUGCUAUGGAACUCGAUGGAGUUUGGAAUUCCGCUUAAGUCGUUGCACACUUUGGAUCUCGACGACUGUUGUUUCGAGGUUAUGAAUGUGAGCUUGUACCAGAAAAUCGCCGAGAGCUGCACGAACUUGGUGGAACUGAUCUUCUCCGGCUGCGAUACCAACUUCGAGGUAAUCGCCAACCUGCCCAAUCUGGAGCGCUGUACACUGAAAACCUGGAUGACCUCCAACGAGCUGAAUAUUGGGUUCCUCACGGUUCUGGCAGAGAAACGAGGAAACAAGCUCACCCAUCUGCACCUAUCCGGUCAGUUCCAUAUCACCAAUGAGCACGCCAGGUGCCUGGGACAGUUGAGUAGCCUCAGAGAUCUGCGGUUCAGCAACAACGAUAUCCUGGACGACGAUCACUUCAAGUUCUUCAACGAUCUCAGCCAGCUGGAGCUAUUUGGACUGACCGCGUGCGGUCGGGUGAUGGACGUGGGUAUGAUGAGGAUGGUGCGGAAGUGUCCCCAGUUGAAAGUGGUUGAUUUGACCGAUUGCGAGCAGAUCACCGAGGAGUUUGUGAUCCAGGCCAUUGGAUUCUGCUUGAAGGGAUCGGGUCGUGAUGUGGUGCUCAAUGUAAAGGGAACCAAUAUCAGGCGGCCUAUAUUGACGCAUCCGGAUUACGUGGAUUCCUUCAAUCGUCUAAGGGUUAAUUUUAUUUAAAACGACACCAAUCGAAUGGAAAAUGGUAAGAGAAUAAAUGUCUACGAAUUUGUUGCAAUAAUUUGAGCAAAUUGUGUUUCUUAUUGAACAUCAAUUAUCAAGACACUGCCCAAAAAUGAUUAGAUUUGAUUUCUAUUAAUAAAAACCAGUCGAAAAGGAGUGCAAGUAUUAUGUUUGCCAUAAGCUGAGAUUACUGGAUUAGGGAACAGCCGUGGUGGGGAAUUCUUCCGUGAGUGGAUGGCCUUGGAGCGCGAAUGGCUAAGACAAUGGGAUCCUCACCGGAUCGAUGACUCAUGGCCCCAUGGCUGCCAUAAGGAAGUGGACGAUCGAAAUUUAUGAUCAUGCUCACAUUGCUCCAUUAGCACGCCGAUGAUUGCGGACAAGCGUGUGUGUGUCGCUGCACUUUGGGCCUUUGGCGAGUAACAAUUGGAAGCUGGUCCGUCCGUCGAGCGGCUGGCUAACAAGCCAAGCGAAUGGAAACCGAAAUCAAACAAUACGAUAUUGGAUACAGUUCUGAAUCCGCGAUUCAAUUCGAUCCAAGCGAUCGAUCGCCGGCAAUAAAUUUCGCAUUCAAUUGCUGUUCAAUUGGAACUGAACUUUGUUGCUUUGUUGGCCGAUGAUGUCUGUGUUAGCAGC